AUAUCCUCCCGCUGUCGCGUUCGGCAGCGCAACAAGCGGCCGCGAUUCACGGCUCGAGUUGUAUGAUUGUAAGGUUAGGUGGUAGUGUUGUUUAGCGAUUCCGCCGACUGUACUUUAAAUAAAACCCUUUAACGAGCACGAAAAUGCUGCCGACAAAGGGAUUUUUCAAAGACAUCGAUUGUCCGUAUCACGAGCGUAAGUGCGGUCGGCCUUAUUGUCAUUUUAGACAUCGCAAGAAAACUCAAGACGCCGAAGAUGCGCCCGCGAGCACCUCCGCCGGCGUUCUCACUUACAAACCAACUCCGAAAAGUGAGCUCGCCAGCAGUAGAAGUCACAUUCCCAUCAGCUACGUGCCGGAUGUGGUGCGCACUACGGCGCGGAAGAGCUACGACAUCAAAGACCGACCCACCUACAAACCAACACCAAAAAGUGUUCUCUCAGGAGUAUGCAAAGCAAGUGAAGAGAAUGUGACAAGCACAUAUACACCUACACCCAUUGAACAAUUGAAAGAUGUGCAAGACACUGAGAUUAACUUGGAGGAGGAGAUGAAGCUUAUUGAUGGCAUUCUCACAGAGUCCAAUGAUGAAGUCAGCUCUCAGAAGGAUAGUGGUCAAGAAGUGAAGAAAACAUGUGAUAAUUUGAAGAGCACGCGGGAGAAGGCAAAUGAAAUAAUUGCUGCACUAAGUUACACACCAGACAAAAAGAAGAGUCAUACCAAAGACAAAGAAAAAUCUAGAGAUCACAAGUCUACAGAUAGACAUAAAGACAAGGAUAAAGACAGAAAAAUUGAUAGACACAAAGAUAAGGAUAAAGAUAAAGAAAGAAAAAGCAGUAGUAGUAGUUCAAGAUCUUCUAGAGACAAUAAAAAAUCAUCCUCUUCAACCUCAAGUAGAAGUAAAAGCUCAUCUCACAAAAGUUCAUCAUCAAGUAAAAGUCGCGAUAAAAACAAAGACAAACAUAGAUCUUCAUCUAGUUCUAAGCAUAAAACCGAUAAAAACUCGAAAAACAGUCCAGAAAUUGAUUUGGGAGCUGAUCUGGAAGAUGAUUUUGGCCUAGAUGACGAUAUUGACAUGGACUCAAUGAUGAUCGAAGACGAAUGUUUAAAAAUAUUCAAUGAGUACAAAGCCCCAGUUGUUGAAGCAGUCCCACCACCAGAACCCCUCAAGGUAACAGUGCCUGCCGCGGAACCUAAAGAAGAGCUUUCAUUCGGUAAAAAACGCAUAGCAUAUAACAACGCGGUGAAAGACGAAGUAAAGGCGCGUCCUGCGUUCAAACCACUCAUGUCCGCGGGAAUGACGCUGCAUAAUCGGAUGCGAAUUGCGCGACAAGCUCAGGCCGACAAUGAAGCGCACGGAAUUAUGGCGGAAAUGCGUAACAUCAAACGAAUUGCUCAUCAAAACACAUCGUCUAUGGUAGAAGCUAAGAAGAUGAGACCUAAUGGAGUGUCAAGAACUGAAAAACCUAAACCUACACCUGCACCAAUACCACAACCACCAUCUACAUCUGUAAUAGACGAUAUAUUAAAUGCCAAGUCUACAACGACGGCGGGAAUUACAAUUCCACCAGCUCCGCUUGUUUCAGCGAGGCCUGCAAUUCGAAGAAUAGCACCCGCCUCGAACGUGAUGUCCAUACAAAUGGCUAAAGCCCGUAUAGACGAGAUUAAGAACAGGACCAUCAAUACGGGUAAAACUCUUUCGUGUACUGUUCCUAAAGGUGGCAAGCGAACCGCGCAUGUUCCUGAUAUGUCUUUGGCGAAUAUUCCGGAUGUACUACAAGCAGAACGAUCAAAACUCCCGGUGAAUGUCCGCACUCGUUAUUUAGGUCUCUUGGCGGAUGAAUGUGUAAAAUUAUACGUUGCAACUGAAGAUGCCUACAAUCGCGCAUUGAAUGAAGAGUUUAAAUGUUAUGAGCGAUGUAAAGCUCUUCCAACAUAUAGGAAUUCAGCAAUGUUGGCUGUGAAUCGGCUUAGAAAAGAGGUUCACGAACGUGAGGCAUCUGGUCUUGGGCCUUUGCAGCUUGGGGAAACAGCUGGUAAAUCAACAGAGUCGUAUCUUGAAGGUCGCAAAUUCUAUGACUUGGUGAAAGGGUAUAUGUUGACUGAGGAAGAGUUAGUGCAACAUGGUUUUCCCCGAGAAGGACCUACUCCUGGAAAGGCUGUAAUCAACUCGGAAUACAAGCAGCAGGCGACUUCGGAGCACUUGGAACCCAAUCAACGAUUGUGUUGCAGGUGUCACAAGAUUUAUCCAAUCAAUCGCGACGGUUUUCCAUUGUUUGAAGAAGAGUGCUGUUAUCAUCCGCUGAGGAAAAGAACAAUACGCGGCGAGCGAACGUAUUUGUGUUGCAAGAGCUCCGAAGAUACUGGAUGUGCUGUUUCCGGCACCCACGUUAGUGAGGUGUCCGCCGAUCGAGAACUGGAAGGAUUUCAGUCGACAUUCGAAUCGGAAAUUGAGAAUGACCCUCGGGAUUAUGCUGUAUACGCGCUUGAUUGUGAAAUGUGUUACACUACGAAAGGAUUGGAGCUAACACGUGUAACCGUUGUCAAUUCCAAGCUCAAAACAGUCUACGAAUCCUUAGUGAAACCUUUCAAUCCGAUCAUUGACUAUAAUACGCGCUUCUCUGGUAUUACCGCCGAGCAUAUGGAGAAUACAACAACGAACAUUCUACAGAUCCAAGCGACCAUUUUGCAUCUGUGCAGUUCGAAGACAAUUCUCAUCGGGCAUUCGUUAGAGUCGGAUAUGAAGGCUUUGAAAAUUAUACAUAAUUCAGUAGUGGAUUCGUCGGUAAUGUUUCCUCAUAAAUUCGGCCUACCACACAAGCGCGCACUGAGAGUGCUCGCUAGUGAGUAUCUCAAGAAAAUUAUCCAGAAUGAUGUUGCCGGCCAUGACAGCGCGGAGGAUGCGCUCGCUGCCAUGGAACUGGUGUUGUGGAAAGUAAAAGAAGACAUGAAGGUGAAAGGCAUUAAGACUUGAUGACCCUUUAAUGUCUUGCUGGACUUAAACCAGAUUAAUACUCGUACGUAAAACGAUUUUUAGUGCCUCACUUCACUUCAUUCAUGUCUCUCGUCGUAGGUCUAUUUUUGUACAGAAUAUUUAUUGGCAAUGUGCCAGUUAAAGAAAAAAACGAAAGGUUCCUUUGUGAUGUACCCUGUACGCAAACCAACUCUGAUUGUUAACUGUAUUAUACAGGGUCUUUAUAUAAAA